CCCCGCGAAGCGCACUCCGAAAUAUAGCCGCGCAGUGAUCAUCGUUCGAGUGCGCGCCAAAUUUAAAAUCCGUGAAAAAAAUAUGAAUUAAGUGCGGAUGUUUGUGAGGAAAUAGCUUAAAGGAAAGUUAAAGCAAAAACUGAUCAAUAGCCAUGGAGACGUUCUGCACGACCUCAAGGCAUCCGAAGUAUCGUCCGUCCCUUAACUCCAGCAGCUACUACCAGGCCUCGACCUACGGCAGGAACUACAGACAGAGCGAUUAUAGUUUUGCCAAUUCCACCAGGAAUUCUGCGUUGUUAUGGCACGAGAGAGCUCACCUCAACGCCAAAAAAUCCAGAGGAAAGAUCUGUUCCAUAGCAUUAGCCACAGCGGCUUUCCUAGUUUUAGUCACAGUUCUAGCCAUAGCCGGUCUAGCGUUAUACAUGGGAGCCUUCCGCAACGAACCGACUAAUGCAUCAGUAUCGUUUAGUUGUAGUGCAAAGGUAUCAAAGGGCGAUCGCUUUGUAACAGGUCUUCAGGACAAAGCUCGAAAGUAUAGGCAACAAUUGGAAUUCCUCUACCAAAGGUCCACGCUUGGUCCUGCUCUGGUAUCCUGCACCAUCGAAAGGUUCGGCAACGAUAGCCAAACAAUCUUCUUUAAAAUCACGCUGAAUAGAAUGAAGAUUCCUAGGCAUUUCACGAACGUUGAGAAGGCCCUUAAAGAUAUUUUAUUAUCCGAUGCCGUUUCGCGGAAGCCAAUCUUUCGAACAGUUCGAUUCGAUCCUAGGAGUAUCAAUAUUAGGCAGUCGGCUGAAAGCGAAGCGUACCAAAGAGUCAUAACUAAGCCCAAAGAGCUACCAAAAGUACGACCACCAGUUGUAUUACAUAAACCUACUGCAAAACCCAACCUGACUGUAACUGCUGAUCUUCCUGUUAAGAAGAGACCAAUUGUUGAAGAGAUUGAUAUAAAGGAAGACAAUUUACCGGUGAUCCAAGGCUCUUUCAAAAUCAGCAAAACCGAAGCAGAUAUCACCGAAAAGAAAUCUAUUCCAACUACUUUUGAAACCACUCACAAACCAAAGACUACCAGCUCACAAAAAGUUCCAACCCUUAAAGAAACUGCGGUAACUAGUGCACCGUUUAAGUUAGCGACUGCUGAAAAAUCUCCCAAACCUUCAUCAACAACAACUACUACUACCGCUACCACCACCUCAACAGCAAAAACAAUAACUUCUACUACUAGUACAACCACUACAACGGAAAAGACCACUACAACUGAAAGAACAACAACAGUUCCGGAAUUCAAAUAUCUUUCAACGAAUUUGCCAUCAAAUAAAUUUAUCUUUUCUAUUAGUCCUGACGUAUAUAAUCAAGAGCCUUGGGUGCCGAUUUACGAAAACAAAGAAGCUUCGGAAACGCCGCAGACUUUCAACCGUCCAAUUUAUACGAGUUUCACGAAUCCUGGAUUAUCAUUCAAUCCGGUGGAAACUGAGAAGCUGGGUUCCACGAAUCUGCAAGGUCACCCAAUACCCGUGAAUAAAAUACCUACAAUCACAGAACCGUUUUUCUUCGAAACAACCACUGAUCUAGCACAAGAACGCAACGAAGACAUGGAUUUGUACGACCUUAAAACAUCAGAUAGUAAUUUUGACGAGGGUUUCGUUGAGGUUGAAACGCUAAAGUACGUUCCAGGUUCUGCGAAUACCACGACCAUCGAUACAGACGAGAAAUCUAAUUGGGAAAUAGUGAAUAGCACCACACCGAAUAGUUCUGAUGCUUACAAAUUGAAGCAGACGGCUAUUUUGAAAAACAUAUCUUCUAUAUUUCAUAGUCUAGUGUCUACUUUAAGCUUAACAACUAAACCAACUGUGGAGGAAAAAGAACCUGAUCGCGUAGGACAAGUAGAAGUCGUCGAUGUUGAUGAUCUUUCUCUAAUUAUGCAAACGACAAAGUUGCCUUUGGUAACUUUACUUCCGGUGAAAUCGAAUUCUGGAGUUGGUAGACCAGUAAGGCCAAGACCCAAAAAUGAGAACAAAACACUGAUUGAAAACAGAAGUUUUUCGAAUGAUCCACCAAAGGUCAAUUUAAACGCCUUCAUCGAAACUCCGAUCUUUACAGAAGUUGUCACCUCGGUCAGCUCAGAAUCGAGCAAAGUGAAAUUGAAUAAAACUCAACUUGCUGAGUUCAAAGUUGGUAGCGAUUUAAACUUUGCUACUGAAGUUGAGCAGGAAACAACAACAGAAGAAUAUAGUUUUGAGGAUGAUGUAGCUAUACUAAGUAUAAAUUCAUCCGGCGCAAUCGAAUCAGAAGUAGAAGGAGUGCAUUACAUAACACCAGAGAAAUUAAAAAAAUUGUCGGAGAUCAGCAAGUUGAGCAACAACCAUACUCUACCAGAUGAUGGUGUUAUAUCGACAAAAGCAAUCUCAUCUAGUUACACAAUCAACCAUUCUGGAUUUAAUUUAUUGACGAAGACGUUUAACAAAAUUCCGAAUUCCGUCAAGGAGGAAGAAAAGAAAGCAUCAACUGGUUAUAAUAGCUUUCACCUAAGCCUCAGUAACAGAUCAGAAUGCAGCAAUUUUACUUACAAAUGCGAUGAUGGACAAUGCUUACCCGUCACGGCCAGAUGCAACCAGUUGGUUGAUUGUAAUGACGGAUCUGAUGAGAAAAACUGCAAUUGUGCCGAUUAUUUACGUUCUCAAUUUCUCUUGAGGAAAAUUUGCGACGGAAUCGUCGAUUGUUGGGAUUAUUCCGAUGAAAAUCAAUGCGAAUGGUGUUUGCCAAAUCAAUACGUCUGCGGAAACUCGAAAGUUUGCAUAAAUAGGACAAGUAUAUGUGACGGUAUUAGGGAUUGUCCGCAUGGCGAUGAUGAAAGACAAUGCGUCACAGUGGCGCCAAGCUUAAAUGCAGCUGAUGAAUUUCCUUACCAUUCAGAAGGAUAUUUGAUGGUCAGGAAGCAUGGGCAAUGGGGAAAAUGGUGCGUCGAUAAUUUUCAAAAUGUUGUGGCUAAAUCCCAAACGGCUUGGGAAAUCAGAGAUUUAGGACAAGCGGUUUGCAAAGCUAUGACUUAUCAAUCGUUGGAUAAUGUAAAAAUUUUGAAGGAAAAUAAGUCAAAAGCUAUCUACAGAAAUUCAAAGUACUACGAAUUAUCCUACACGUUUCAAAACGAAACCAAAUCGAGUUUAACCUUUGAAAGCACUGGUUGUAAAUCUGGUGAAGUGGUUAAAGUCAAAUGUCAAUCUUUACAAUGCGGAGCUCGACCUCAAGCAGCUAAACAAGCAGCUAGACGAUUUUACAGGAUUGUUGGUGGUGGUAACGCAGGAUUAGGAGCUUGGCCCUGGCAAGCAGCUCUUUAUAAAGAAGGCGAAUUCAAAUGUGGCGCGACCCUAAUUUCUGACAAGUGGUUAUUAUCUGCUGGUCAUUGUUUCUACCAAUCGCUUGAUGAACAUUGGGUGGCACGUUUAGGAGCUUUAAGAAGAGGAACUGCACUGCCAUCUCCAUAUGAACAACUCAGACCUAUAAUUCAGAUUAUCUUACAUCCGGAUUACGUGGACGCCGGUUUCAUAAAUGAUAUAUCUUUAUUGAAGAUGGAAGUCGGUGUUAUAUUCAGCGACUACGUGAGACCAAUUUGCCUACCAUCUGCAGAAUCCCCUCCGAAUGAUGGCAGAAUGUGUACUGUUAUCGGAUGGGGACAACUUUUCGAAAUUGGAAAAAUAUUUCCUGAUACACUCCAGGAAGUGCAAGUUCCGGUGAUAUCAACGGAAAAGUGCAGAGAAAGGACUUUGUUCAUGCCUCUCUUCAGUUUGACCGAAGACAUGUUCUGUGCGGGAUACGAUAGAGGUGGAAGAGACGCCUGUCUAGGAGAUUCGGGAGGGCCAUUGAUGUGUCCAGAAUCUGAUGGCAGAUGGGUUUUACAUGGGAUCACUAGCAACGGCUACGGAUGCGCAAGACCCUACCAUCCAGGAGUCUACACGAAGGUAUCGAACUAUAUCAGCUGGAUCGACUCUCAUCUAUCAGGAGCCUACAAUUCCAAUGGUACUGUAAUAAAAAGCGCCUGCUCAGGACAUCGCUGUCCUCUCGGAGAAUGCUUAUCGAAAAGCAGGUUGUGCAACGGAUUCAUCGAGUGCAGUGAUGGUAGUGAUGAGGUCGGUUGCUUAGAUAACUGAAGAACAGUACAAAACUAAAGACACAAGGCUUCGUCCAGAUAGUAGACCCUUGCGAUAUUUUUUCUGUGCAUAUUUUGAAUGUAAGAUGUUUUGAGUCAUCAAUGAUGUUCAUGACUCUAAAGAUCGAAAGUGACAAAUUCUGUAUUUAUCCCAGGGUCUAGGACAGUAGUGUAGUCCCAAUUAUAGGUUCUAGGGUUAAUUUUAUCUAUUCAUGCAUUUUCAUGCAUAAACCUGAACUGCAGUGUCUUAUAACAAUUAACGCUACGCUACUGGUCUAGGAUAUUUAUUUAAACGAGUGAUAUAUUUU